AUGUUAGAUUAUAAACUUGAUUCCAGCAGUUCAAGUAGUAACUCAGCAUUCCAAUCAAAGCAAAAAAUAAUGAAGCAAAAUAUUCUUUUAGAUAAUAUAUCAGAUGACUCUUCUAUGGACUUAAAAUUAAAUGAUGAGGAAGAUUAAGAAGACAAUGAAUAAUGGAAUAAUGAAGAUAAUUCCUAUAUAGAUCACUAAAAAUAACCUCAAAACGAGAGAAACAAUAGCAGUUCAAUAUCAAAUGACAGGAAAUAGCCUUAAUAUAACCAGGGACAAUAACCUCACCAAAGAGAUCAAGGCCAACCGAAGAAAAAUCUUAUUGAGCCUAGAAGCAAAAGAGGCGUCAAUAUCUUUUAGAGGAAACGUAAGGACAUCAUUAGUGAAGUUGUUAAAAACAAAAAAAUCGACUUUGGGGAAUCAGGAGAAGAAGUUAAAAUCAUUAUUUAGGAACGUUAAUCCAUAAUGCGUUCACUAAACAGCUCAAGGAUGGAAUCUUCUCCUAAAUCAUCAAAAUAUAGCAAGGCUUAACCUUCUAAAGCAAAUCUUUUUGAUAUAAUUGGAAAGUAAGGUAAAGUAGAUGAGGCAUCAUCUGAAUAAGAAAAUAAUGAAAACUCUCCAUCUUAAUAAAUAGAAGGAUCCCUUGAAGGAAGCCAUAAAAGAAUUGAUCAAGUAGUUGAGCUCAAGGGAAUCCUAAAGAAUGCUUAGUCUUAAAGCAGUAAAGCAAGUUAAAGUUUAAGACAUUUUGGAAUUGGUGGUCUUAACAUCGAAUUACACUCUAAAAAGAUUGAUCCUAGAGGCAGUGAAGUUAGGUUUGCUUUGGACUAGAAUUAUAUAAAUAGUCAAAGUUCAUGUUCUAAACGUUCUUCGUUCAAUUUUGAGUUCAAGGGACAGCACUACAGAUCAUAAGAUAACAAAUCAACUGACAAUAAGAAAAAUGUUUAAAUAUUGGAUAAGAAACCACCUAUUCAAUCUUAUUACAUGAACGUAUUGAAUAAUGAUGAGGGUUUUAAGAAUCUUAAAAAAGACUAUCCAAAUACAGAAACAGAAGUAUUGGCGGACUAUUAUAUGAAGAACGAACUAGAUGUAAAGAAAACUAUUAAAGAUCUCUACCAAAAGCUAAAAUUAAUCCCAUAUGAUCCUAGUUUUAAAUCAGAAGAAAGUAAAAGUGAAUAAUCAAAGUAGAGCAGUAAUAAAAAUGAAGAUAUAAAGUCAAGUGAUAGCAAUAAUAAAAGCAAUUAACUUGAUAAAUCCAAUAUAAAAAAGAAGAAUCACAUUGUAGGCAAAAACAUAAUAUAAGAUAGUCUUAAGAACACUAUUGUCUCAUCCUCGAAUCACUCCGAUAAUUAGCAGAAAGACGUUGAAAACUUAAGGUUUUAAAAUAUUGGUGGUCUUAAGAGAAGUCUUUCCAAAAAUAUGGAGGGACCAAAUAAUAAAUAGAGGGAGAGCUUCCUAGAUUACGAUAUAAAACAUAAUAAAAUUAAGAACAAUUAAGGUACACCCACUAAUAAAAAUGAAAAUUCUCAAGAUUCUUCAUUUGAGAGAAGUGGAAGCAAUAGCAGUAAAUAACUUUAACAAAGAAAUCUAAGUUCCCUUGAUCAAAGCUACUCAUUUAAGGACAGAGCAUCAAGACCUUCAUCAAAUGGACACUUUACAAUUGGAAGUGCUUAAACUUUCAAUAUCUAGAAAAGCCAAAAGAAAUAAGAAGAAAACAAGCAUGUCGUUAAGUAGAAUUCUAUUUUUGAGAAAAUAAAUCACUUAAAGAAAACGCCUGUACAAUAAUAAGACAGUCCGUAAGGAGAAAAACAAAGAUAGCAAGAUUUUAAUAAUGAUGUAAGUAACACAUUGAGUUAAAUUCUAAACAAAGAAAAAAAUCCCUAAGUUAUAAUAGAUGACUUCUCUUAGUCUUUUGACAACGAUUUUGACUCUGAAAAAUUAAAGAAAACAUCUAUGGACAUAGAGUAGCAAACUAAAUCAACACAACCAAAGCAAAUGAAAUCAAUACUUAAAAACCAAAAUCAAGAUGUUUACAGAACUGGCACAUUUGGAAUGAAUAAUUAAGCAAUGUAAAAUAAAGAUUCACCCCCAAAGCAGUCAACUAAUGCUGCCUGCUGUAUGGGAUUUUUCAAUAAACCAAAAGAUUUAAACAAAGGAAAAAAUACAGAUAUAAGCGGCUAAAAUACAACAUAACAGCCAGUGUUGAUCCAUGAAAAAAUGAGCUUUUUUAAAAGGUUUUUAUGA